AUAACGCGAACGAAGAACGUCGCCCUUCAGAAACGUUCUUUCUUGCGCACGCCACGGAAGCUUCUUUCCUUCUUCGCUUUCUUUCUAGCGCAUCCAAGUUUGACAAUUCAAUCAAAACAAACGUCUGUUCCCUGCGGUACCUUUACCUUCACCAAUCCAUUACAAAAACCAGUAGAACAGUGCAUCAUUUUUUAUGCUUGAUAGUCAAACAAUGUUAUUGAUUUUACAGUUCAAUAAGAAGUUUCGUUUUUUUAGUUAUGAAACUAGGUUAUCGAGCUACUUCGCCAGGUUUAGUACAGCAGUCUCAUACAUAUAUUCUAGUCAAUCGUUUACCAGUGCGAUGAAACAGUCUAAUCGGACACCUUCUGCCGCUAUCAAUGGUCAUGUGUUUACGCGAAGCAAAAUUGCCAUUUCGUCCGUAAUAACUUUCAUUCAAAAUCACGGUCGGAUGCAAUACCGCUUGUAUUGUGUGGCGCGGACCGUUCUUAAUUUCAUUCAUGCAAAGGUGUGGGUGUCAGCAGCUAAUCGUAUAGCUUUCGCGUAUCCACAGUGUUGUGUUCAAGCUGAAGGAAAAGUGACGGUGCAAAUCCAAAUGCAAAACUGGUGUCUUCCAGCAGUUAGGUAAUUAGCAUACAGCUGCGGAGCAGUUUUGUUUUAAUCACUGCUGGUGAAGUGUUAUGAAGUGACGAAUAAACAGAAGAAUGGCGAUACAGCUGAUGGUGAUUGUGGUGUAAAUUGAAGUGUGAUGUUCGAUUGGUUUGGAACGAAACUGUAAUGAAACAGGCCUUCGUAAUUAACGAAGUAAAAAACCUUAUCAGAAGACAACUGCUACCGUUAUUGGAUAGGUGAGAGUAGAAAAAAUAUCCAAAUGCAGUAAGGCAGUGCAACACAGCGCAAAUACGAACGGUGCGGAUACUCCAGGGGUUCAAAAUUGAACAUCGCAAAUAAGAAACUAAAAGGGCACCACCGGCUACAAUGGAAUCCCGUCCAACGUAGUUAGUGUGGGAUUUAUCGUGAACGUGAAAAAUGCUGUAGUGCAGAGUGCAGCGCGACACUGGUUUGAAUAGUCGAGAACCUGAUUCAGUACGAAAACAAGUGGUACCUACCCCACUUUGUCUGCCUGCCGGUACGGCGUGAAGCUCUUGUGCACGACAGCUGCUGCAGAUAUUAUUACUAAAAACAAAUAACCGUACGGACGCUCGCGGCAGCGACAGGCGACACCAGAAUGGCAGUGUCGAAAUUCAGCGACGUGGACGAGUACGGAUUCAAGCGGGAACCGGACUUCGACUACCAGUCGUACGAAAACAUAAUGUCCAGCUACUACACGGUGCUUACGACGCGAAGCAUAAAGUGGCAGAAAUUCGCCAAGAAUGGCAACAUCCUCGCCGAUCCCCGUCGGCUCAAACGAUUCGUGCGCAAGGGUGUUCCGGGUCCUCUGCGGGAGGAAGUCUGGAUGAAAUCCUCUGGAGCCUACAAGAUGCAGCAAAAGGAACCGGCGCUUUAUCAGACUUUGCUGCGGUAUGAGUUUGAUCAGGAAAUUUCGGACCAAAUCAAAAUCGAUCUUCCACGAACGUUUCCGGACAACAUUCACUUCGAGCAGUACAAACUGGGUUUGUACAACGUACUGAUAACUUACGCACAUCACAACAAAAUGGUCGGUUACUGCCAGGGGUUGAAUUAUAUUGCCGGCCUUAUCCUAAUUGUCACCAAAAACGAGGAAUCGACUUUUUGGUUGCUCAAAGUACUGGUAGAAAAUGUGGUCCCACUAUACCACACAAAGAAAAUGGAUAACCUUAUCACCGACAUUGAUGUUCUUAGUGAAUUAGUUAAAAGCCGAGCACCUGAUGUACAUAAACAUAUCGAAAAUUUAGGACUACCCUGGCCAGUGAUAGCAACCAAGUGGCUUAUCUGUUUGUAUGCAGAAGUGGUUCCAACGGAGACGGCGCUCCGCAUUUGGGACUGCGUAUUUCUCGAAGGGAACAAAAUUUUGCUGCGCGUCGGCAUCAGCAUUGUGAUCGGUUUGAAGCAGGAGAUUCUCGCUACGGAUGACAUUUCCACCCUAAUCGGACUGUUUCGGGCGCUGGAGAAAAACCCCGCCCUGAUGGAUUGCCAUCGGUUUAUGAGAAGUGUGUUCAAGGUUCCCGGUAAUUUGAAGCGCUCCCAAAUAGACGUUCUACGGGUGCAAAUUUACGAACAAAGGAAGGCUAGCAAACGGAAAGGUUCCUAGGGUUUAGAGAACUAUAUCCUUAAGAGAUAUAGACUGAAUUUGGUUUGAAAAGAGGCUGUAUUAUCGCUGCACUAAGAGUUUUUAAAGGUAGAACUAGAACAAAAUCUCUAGUAAAUACUUUUCUCUAGUUCUACCUUUGAAUUUAUUAGCGCACCCAAUAAUUUAAACGAGGCGAUUUAGGGAUUGUGGAAUCCAAGCUUCAUGCAAAGCGAAAUUGUUAUGGCUUGCUCUUUGAGUCGUUUCAUGCUUAUGGCUGUAUGAUAUCAACAUUAAAUGUUUUCGAUGAUGAUCUAUUUUUUUCGAAAUUUAUUGUUUUGUUUUAACAAACAUGGAGAUUAAGUUUAUAAUGUUUUUUGCAGGCAAAAAAAUUCAAUCAAAGUUUAACUUAGAACUAGCACAAGCGUAGAAUACCUACCUACUACUUUUAUCUACAUCAAACGACGAAAGGGUAAUUUACGGUAACUAUGAAAGAUUCGACCAAAAUUUAAUUUUACAUCAUUUAAUUGCUAAGCUCUCGCGUGGUAGCUCUAGAUUAUAUUGAGUAAAUUUAUUUAAAUUUGUACUACUCUGAAAUACCUAAAGAAACAAAGUAAAAGAAGUCGACUAUGGCAGUCAUACAACAUUUUCAAAACUUUAACUGAUAACCACAAGAUACUACUAUGACUAAGAGACAGCCUAUGAAGUGAUAAAACGACAACAAAAGUUGAAUCAAUAUUUCAAGCAUUUACAUAGUUACUGAGCCAGUAACACUAGAAAAAUUUAAAGUGUGUUCUAUUUUAUUUACAUCAGUCAGUAGCAAUUGGCAUUACCCUAGAAUUUUAAUUUUGGCAAAACAGUGUAGCCAAAUGGCGCAAUGUGAUACAUUUGAGGAUUAAUAUAACAUAUCCUUUCCUAGAAGAGUUGUUAUGGUAUAUUGCAGUCAAAAUUUUUGGAACUAGUUAUACUGGUUCAUAUUGUUGAUUAGAGCUAAGAUAUAAUAAGGCCUUUGAAAAAACUUAAAUGACAAUGCAGACCGUAGUGAUCUAAAUAUCAUUGCCCAAAUCAAUUCAGCAGUAAUUUAUGUAGUUAUGUAAUUUAAAUCUGUUAUGAAGAUGAAAGGUUUGAAAUGAAUUGAGUAUAAAUUCUGCUAUUCAAACA